CUUUGCAGUAACACGGUUGUUGUUUUUAAAAUGGCGCCGCUAGAUCUAGACAAGUAUGUGGAGAUCGCAAGACAGUGUAAAUACCUCCCAGAAAACGACUUAAAGCGAUUAUGUGACUAUGUCUGUGACCUGUUACUUGAAGAGUCAAAUGUUCAACCAGUAUCUACUCCUGUUACAGUUUGUGGAGACAUACAUGGCCAGUUUUAUGACUUAUGUGAGCUCUUCAGAACAGGAGGCCAGGUCCCAGACACAAACUACAUUUUUAUGGGUGAUUUUGUAGACAGAGGGUAUUACAGCCUUGAAACAUUCACCUACCUCCUUGCCUUAAAGGCGAAGUGGCCCGACCGUAUCACACUGCUGAGAGGCAAUCAUGAAAGCAGGCAGAUCACACAGGUGUAUGGCUUUUAUGAUGAGUGCCAAACCAAGUAUGGAAAUGCAAAUGCUUGGAGAUACUGUACCAAAGUUUUUGACAUGCUUACAGUAGCAGCAUUAAUUGAUGAGCAGAUCUUGUGUGUGCAUGGAGGGCUUUCCCCAGAUAUCAAGACCCUUGAUCAGAUCCGUACCAUAGAGCGCAAUCAGGAGAUCCCACACAAGGGGGCGUUCUGUGACCUGGUGUGGUCCGACCCCGAGGACGUGGACACCUGGGCCAUCAGCCCUCGAGGGGCAGGCUGGCUGUUUGGAGCCAAGGUUACUAAUGAGUUUGUUCACAUCAACAACCUAAAACUGAUCUGCCGAGCGCAUCAGCUGGUGCAUGAAGGUUAUAAAUUCAUGUUUGACGAGAAGCUGGUGACAGUGUGGUCUGCUCCUAAUUAUUGCUAUCGCUGUGGAAACAUUGCAUCAAUCAUGGUCUUCAAAGAUGUGAACACGAGGGAGCCGAAGCUGUUCCGCGCAGUGCCAGAUUCAGAACGGGUUAUUCCACCCCGAACAACGACACCGUAUUUUCUUUGAGACCCUCCCACCCCCCCUCCUUCUCUACUUUUAUGUAUGACCUUUUUUAUUGCCUCCUUCGCUGCUGAAAUUGCAUUGUUACCCGCUUUUUGUUUUGUGUGUGUGUGAAAUGUUUAGGUUAUAUAAGUUCCCAUUGUUUAAAAAAUAUUUAAUUAAGUUUUUUUUUUUAAUUUGAUUUGACAUAAUCCUGCCCCCUGCAUAUCCUAAUUACUAAUGAUAUUUACAAUGAAAGAUUAAGUGACACUGAACACUAUGCAGAGUUUAAUACUAACAUGUUACUUCCUGUCUUCUCUGUUGUAUGUAUCCCUGCAAUGUCUCAUUCAACACAACCGUUUUGAUACUUUUAGCGUGAGCUCCUGAUAAACUGGGGAAUGCAGCCAAACCAUGGAUAUGUAGAGGAGCUUGUAGUUACUGACCAGAGGCUUUGAACAGAACGUUCCCUGCUAUUGCAUCCAAGUAAAAGGUCUCACCUCUAACCUCCAUUAAACAAUAAACAUUAGAAGGUAGAAUUUCCUUGGAUACACUACCGGGGGUGUUUUAAAUUGAUUAAUAACCCAUAUGAAACACUAGUGAUCAUGUUGAUACAAUAUUACAGGGAUACAUAGGAGACACCAAACUAAGUAAUGGAUUUGUUUUAAACUCUUCAGUUUUCAAUAUUGCUUCAUUGUGUGUGUAAAGUUCAGCAGCAAAGUAAGUACAUGGUGCACGCAAGGACUAUAAACCUAGUUUGUGUUGUGUAGAGACAUCCAAGAUGUAAAACUGUCAAAUAUUUUAAAUGGAUAAUAAAGUGGUCUAAAGGCUGCAAUUUUGUUAUUUUAACAAGGGGACAGAAGCAGUGACUGUUCUCACUGUUUGUAUGUUUAAAUGAUUGUAUUGAUCCUUUUUUUUUCCAGAUUCGUUGUAUUUUAUUAUAGUAAUAUAGUAUCUGCAAUCCACCCAGAGGUUAAAUAUUGAAAUAAACUGCUUUAUUAUUGA